GUUACAGCGGAACAGCUUACGUAGAAUCCAUGCGCCGGAAAGCAUUUGGUUUUUGCUGAUGUGUAACUUUUCCAUGAAGUACCACUUUAUAGGAUCUCAUUGAGGUUGUAAAAUAUUGAUUUUAUUAGUAUUUGUCAGUCGUAAAUGCACAAAAGCAACGAAUAUUCUCCCACGAGAAUAACCGCAGCCCUGGAACUAGGGAGUGAAUGAAAUGGCGCCUAAAGGAAAGGUUGGAACCAAAGGCAAGAAGCAAAUCCAUGAGGAGAACAAGGCUACUCUGAAAUUCUACACCAGGGUCAUUAUAGGAGCCAAUACUGUGUACACAACUGUAAAUCUAAUUUUCUGUGACACCUCCUUUUGGACCUGGUUCCCCUUGGUGUUUGCACUGGUGGUGUAUGUUGGCAGCUAUAGGUCCAUGGCAACAAUGGCCAAACCAGCAUUUGCUGAAAAUGGCUCUUUAUUGGAUGGAGGAAUAGAUCUCAACAUGGAGCAGGGCAUGGCGGAACAUCUUAAAGAUGUUAUCCUGCUGACAGCUAUAGUUCAGGUCCUCAGCACCCUCUCCUUCUAUUUCUGGUACCUGUGGCUUUUGGCACCUGCUCGAGCUGUGCAGUUAUUGUGGACAAACUUUCUAGGUCCCUGGUUUUCUGCUGAGUCUUCUGCACCUGCAGAGGAGGUUAAUGAAAAGAAGCAGAAACGGCAGGAAAGACGACAGAUGAAGCGAUUCUAGUUACUUCGCUACUUUUUAUUUUUAUCUUCGUUGUAGAAAUAAAGCAACAUUCAUUUGUUAUGGGAGAGAAGUCCAUUUAAUUUCUUACUAUUUCUUCUCAAUGUUCUCUCAAUUUACUUUAUUUUUUUUAUUUCCACCACUCUUCCAGUCUGAUGCUCAGAGAUCACCAAAGUUAAUGUUCAUGGAGAAAUUUAUAUGCACUUACUAGGUAAGAAGUAAGUUGUUGACUGUGGGAUGUGUAGGCUGUGAAUGGUACAUGUGUCACAUCCUUCAUUCUGGCUCAGCAUUUUUACAGCUUUUCUAAAGGGGAGGAAUCUAAUGUUGAACAUUGAAAACUUGGAAAAGUAAAAAAAAAAAAAAAAGAUAAUCACCUUAUAUGAGGGCAUUCACUUUAUCAUAGAAUUCUAAUCUUAUUCAAGCGUUGGUGAUGUCAAAAAUAUUUCUAUUUUAUUUGCGAGGCAACUAGCUUCAUGAACGUGAUGCAUGUCUGAGGAAACAGUCUUAAGAUAGGGAAUUUUAGUUUAUAUUUCAGUUUAUAUUUACAAGAACUGAUGGAGAAAUAAAGUUUUAUGAAUCAAGUUUUUACCGUGUAUUGAAAAAUAAAUUGCUCAGAGCACUAGUAAACAGUGCACACUGGUGGUCCCUAGCAGGAAAUGGAGGCCCAUAAGGAACCUUCUUUUUUCAUUCUUACUUAAAUCAAAUGGGCCAGAAAUGUUAAAAUUAAAUAAAAAUACUGCUGUAUUUA